AUGUCUCAAGUCCAGGGUUGGACUUUGGGACCCCAGACAAGAGGGACCCUAGAUAUCCUGUGGACAUGUCUAGCGACACUUGGUUUGUGUGUAUGGACUGCCAUUCAUCCAAACAUCCCUGUCGUACAUAAUGCCUGGUCCACGCUCUUCGAGCGCUUGGGGUUAAUGGGGCUGGCCAUUAUCUUUCCAGAGAUUAUUAUCACUUCCGCAUGGGGUCAGAGAAGACGCGCGAAGAACCUGCUUGUUGAAGUAAAUCGGUCCCUAGGGCGGACAACAAAAAAGACCACAUCAGAGCCGCCCACAACUGACCCCUGGUUUCACGACCAGGCCAUGUUUGCCGUCAUGGGCGGUUUUGCAAUUGAGACCCAUUACCUGGACUCUGCGACUGAAAAGCGCAUCAUUCGUCGCCUUCUGACACCCGAAGGGGUAUCCAUAUUGGCCAAGACCGGCCAUCUGCCCGCUCUUAGUCGAGAAGAUGUUGCCGAACGGAGCAAGGCAGAUAUCUUCGCUAAAAGCAUAGUCGUUGGCCAGAUCAUUUGGUUCGCCUUACAGGUAUUGGGACGACUAUGCCAGGGCUUACCUGUGACGCCAUUAGAGACACAUACAGCUAUCCAUGUCGGAUGCGCUAUAAUAGUCUAUGCAAUAUGGGUUAAUAAACCUUACAAUUUGUUGCAGUCUGUUGUGGUAGCCGGGCCAGAUACAAAUUAUCUUGGCGCAUUCUUCAACUUCUCUGAUAUAAGUCGCGACCUUUUCCAGAAAGAGUGUGAACGGUAUGAAAUGGAGAGGAUAGAGUACUGGAAGGAGCGCGUGAUACAAGCAUCACAAGGAGUUUUAACCUUUGGUGCACCCCCGAAACCCCCCGUGUUAAAGCCCAUCGACCAACUGCUCGAUGAUUACCAAUCGGAUGCCAUCCGCAAUUGCACAAAGCGGUAUAACGACGAGCAAAUCCUAUGCGCCAUUGCAGAGGACGCUUGCCAGGGACUUCAUCUUCUAGAAAGUCAAGGAUGUAAUACGUUUCGCGGAAUCCAACCCAGUCAUCGAAAGCUUCUUCGCCACACCUCCGAGAAUUUCACUAUUCGGACGGUAUGGGGGGGCUGGAGUACUGACUUUGGCCACGAACCAAACCUCGAGAAAGGGAUUCAUGUGCUCUUCAAUAUCCUGUACGGCGGGUGCCACCUAGCGGGGUGGGCUUCAGAUUUUCCAACCGCGUUGGAGAGUUGGCUGUGGAGAGGGUCGGCUCUUUUUCUCACCACAGUUCCAGUCUGGGGUGGACUAUGGAUUCUAUGGUGGAAAAGCGUACGCUCGAGAUCUAAAGCGCUGUACCUUAUUCGGAAUGGAGACUUGGAUAUCAUCGCAGCACCGGUCUUCUUUCUCGUCCUGGUGGGUUAUACCUUGGCGAGAUGCUACUUUCUGAUUGAGGCCUUGAUGAGCUUGAGGCUGUUGCCGUCUGCAGCGUAUCAAACUGUUCAAUGGUCAAAUUUCCUACCCCAUGUUUCUUGA